AGCUCUUUUAUGUUAUACACGCACUAAAGAAAGAAAACUAAAAAGGAGAAACCAUUGGGUUAUUGGUUGCUGCAGAUAGGCGGUCAAUUGAAAAGAACGAAGAAAUGCAGUCUCUCCGUGUGAGUUGUGCUCCCGUUGCUCCGCAUUUCUUCUCACCAAAGGAAGAAAGCCCACAUUCCCAAGUGCACAGUAAAAGGAGAUAUCUCCAGUGCUUGGCUCCUCCUCUCCUGGCUGCUUUUAUCUCCUUGUCCCCUCUCUCCUAUCCACCAGUAUCACAUGCACAACCAAUAGAUGGUCAAAGAGGAGCUGCGCUGUUUAACAAAGCUUGCAUUGGUUGCCAUGAUGGAGGUGGAAACAUACUUCAGCCUGGUGCAACACUCUUUAUGAAAGAUCUACAAAGGAAUGGUGUUGACACAGAAGAAGGCAUAUACGGGAUCACAUACUAUGGCAAGGGAAGAAUGCCGGGGUUUGGUGAGAAUUGCACACCAAAGGGCCAAUGUACGUUUGGGGCCCGGCUUCAAGAUGAAGAGAUCAAGCUAUUAGCUGAGUUUGUCAAGUCACAGGCUGCUAGAGGGUGGCCAAGCGUUGAAAGUUACGGAGAUUAAAAACUCUUAUCAUGCAUGAAGGGCCACCGGAGAAUGAAAAUUAGAUGCAGCAGUCAUUUUGAAAGCAAGGUCUACUGUGAUUUGGUUGCCAAACAACAAAACAUUCUUGGUAAAAAGCAGGUGUAUUUUAAUCAGUUCCAAAAUAUAAUACUAGACUGGUUGAUGAAAUGAGCAGCUAUGUGAACAAACCCAUUGCACCAACAUAUGCAAUUUUCUUUGAAUUUUCAUCUUA